AUGGGUGGGGCAUCCACAGCUUACCUGGGCAACCUUCUUCAGUUCCUCACCACCCUCACAGCUUAUCAUCUUUAUACAAAUAGUCUGUGCUGUUCAUUUAAGUCAGCCAAGAACUGGGAAAAGCAUGACUGCUCCAAAGCAAAUACUGAAGGAUGGUACGUGGUCUGGCAAUUGUUUUUGUCUAAAUUCAAAUUCCUGAGGGAAUUGAUAGGUGAUACAGGGUCCCAGCAGGGAGACAACGAGCCUUCGGAAACUGAAACUGAACAGGAAACUCCGCCCUCGCCUCAGAGAGGGAGACAGAAAUCAGCUCGGCAGCGGAGGGCAGCUACAGGAGAAACGACUUAAAGUACUCCGGUGAACUUCUGAGGAACUGUGGAUGGUUAACACCUCUGCACUGUGUCCUUCAGUGGUGUCACCUUACUGAGAAACUCACCCAAGAGGUAACAUUGAUCCCUGCGGACCUUUACUUCUGAGCUACCGAUGGACGAUGCUACUGCCAUAGAGGUUCAGGGAGGGCUUCAGCAGCAAGUCACAGAAUACUGGAAGAAUGGAGAGGUGGAAGGAAAUCUCCACCACAAAAAUGCUGAGCUCCUGUAUCUCCUGUCUCAGCACGCAGAUGAAGAACAGGUCCUGGACCAUAGGCUUAGCCUUUGCAUUAGUCUGAACAUGGUAAACAUUUCAGACUUGAAAUAGUUUAUAAAUUAUUUUUUCUUUACAGCACUGUAACUACAUAGAGUGAAAUUGAGUUUUAUUUCCUUAGCUGUAUAUGAAUAUAUAUAUUUUUU